AGCCGCAGACCAGGCACCUUUACCAGAACUUUCUCCUGUAACCGAAGGACGACAUGAAGCUGCUCUCCCAGACACUGUGUCUGUGCCUGGUGCUGGCUCUCAGCCAUGCCCACCACCAUGCUGGACAUCAAGAUGGAGGAGAUGAGGGACAUGAGGGACACGACCAUGCCCAUCACGCUGUGUUUAUGCUCGGCUGCCAGGGGCUCGAGAUGGACGCUGUUGCUGUGACUGAGGAAGGAAUCCCUUACUUCUUCAAGGGUGACCAUGUGUUCAAGGGUUUCCACGGUAAAGCCGAGCUCUCCAACAAAUCGUUCGUUGAGCUGGACGACCAUCACCAUCUGGGGCACGUGGACGCUGCCUUCCUCAUGCACUUUCCAGACAAACCCACUGAGCAUGACCACAUCUUCUUCAUGCUGGACACCAAAGUGUUCAGCUACUACACACCAACUGGAGACGGGCUUCCCAAGGACAUCUCUGAGAGGUCCUGUAUCCCUGAACCACCUGACGCUGCCGUGGUGUGUCCCGCUCCCGACUGUGAGGAAGACACCGUUAUCUUCUUCAAGGGUGAGUCAAUAUCUCAAUAUUGUGUGAUCGAUCUCGUUGCAAGGAAACUCUCCAAAAAACCUAUGGAAGAUAACAAGGUCCACGCCGAGCAGAUCUGCAAGUACAAGACCAGCAUCGGAGUUGAGUCCGGUCUGGCUGGCAGUCUGCAGAUGGAGGUGGAGCAGGCUGGAGCGCUGGCGACGUCUCGACUUGCUCUGUUUGGUCGCACGGCAGUCUGUAGCACCGGCACCGGCACCGGCACCGGCACAGUCUGUAGCACCGGCAACGGCACCGGCACCGGCACACACAAACAGCUCACGCUCCAGUAUUGUGUUUCUCCUGCAGGAGACACCACAGACCACAUCGAGAGAGAGCGUUGCAGCCGUGUGCAUCUGGACGCCAUCACCUCUGACGACGCCGGAAACAUCUACGCCUUCAGAGGUGUACGUUUACAAAGUUGGGGAGCCCCACACCCACCUGGACGGCUACCCCAAACCCUUGAAGGAGGUGCUGGGAGUGGAGGGCCCUAUCGACGCUGCCUUCGUGUGUCAGGACCACCACAUCGCUCACGUCAUUAAAGGUCAGACAGUCUACGAUGUUGACCUGAAGGCCUCUCCACGUGUUCCAGUUAAAGAAGGCUCCUUCACCCUCUUCGACAAGGUGGACGCUGGCAUGUGCGGCCCAGAGGGCGUGAAGUUGUUCAAGGGAAACCACUACUUCCACUUUCCGAGCAUGAAGGUCAUGCUGAUGGCCAGGGCUAUUCCUGAGGAGCACAAGACAGCCCUGGAGCUGUUUGGCUGUGACCACUAGAGGCUGAGAAAGUAGAGAGAAUCAAGUUAUGUACAACAACAGCAGCAGCAACAACAACAACAGCAACAACAA